AUGUGCACACGAUUGAGAGCAAUUAAAGAACUUUUCCGGGAAUUAGUCGUCCAAGAUGCCCGUAGUUCAUCAUAUCCUAGGCAACAGUUACCGACCACGAUGGAUGAGAAAUAUGUGCAACAGACAUGGGAAUUACUGAAGCGAGCUAUUCAAGAAAUACAGCGAAAAAACAAUUCAGGUCUCAGUUUUGAGGAGCUUUAUCGGAAUGCUUAUACAAUGGUGUUACACAAGCACGGUGAAAAGCUUUAUAUGGGUCUCAAACAAGUGGUCAUCGAACAUCUGCAAACAACGGUGGUGAGAAAUGAGGUGCUAUCUGCAAUUAAUGGUAGUUUUCUGGAAGUCUUGAAUACGGCGUGGCAAGAUCACAUCGUAGCAAUGGUCAUGAUUCGAGAUAUUUUAAUGUAUAUGGACCGUGUUUAUGUGCAACAACAAAACGUUGAUCCUGUGUAUAAUUUAGGUCUUAUUUUAUAUCGUGACGAAAUAAUUCGGUAUGGUACACUAGGUGACACUUUGCGAAACAUAUUACUGAAAAUGAUUGCUGCAGAACGGAGUGGAGAAAUCAUUAAUCGGAUUGGUGUAAAGAAUGCGUGCAAUAUGCUGGUAGCGUUGGGUGUGGACUCAAGACAUGUCUAUGAAGAAGAAUUCGAAAAACCAUUUUUACAUGUAUCAGCAGAAUAUUACCGAGCGGAAAGUCAAAAUUUUUUGCUUGAAAAUAGCGCAUCAGUUUAUGUCAAAAAAGUGGAGGAAUGUCUUAUGGAAGAGUCAAAUCGUGCGAAAAUGUAUCUUGACAAGGGAACAGAGCAAAAAAUAUUAGAAGUAUUGGAUGAAGAAUUAAUUAACAGACAUAUGAUGACGAUUGUUGAAAUGGAUAAUAGCGGAGUUGUGCACAUGCUCAACAAUGAUCGUAUACAUGAUUUGCGUCGGUUGUACAUUUUAUUAAAACGAGUCAAAAAAGGUUUACCAACGAUGACUGAAUGCAUAAGUAAAUAUCUUCGAAGAAAGGGAGAAAUUCUAGUGAGUGAAAGUGUGGAAGGGGAAGCUAACGCGCCGAGAAAUCCAGUUGUUUAUGUUCAAGCAUUGCUUGAUCUCAAAGAUCAGUUCGAUCAUUUCUUGUUAGAUGCUUUCGAUAACGACAAAACAUUUAAACAGAAAAUACAAAGCGACUUUGAAUAUUUUCUUAAUUUGAACCCUAAAAGUCCUGAGUAUUUAUCGUUGUAUAUGGAUGAUAAAUUAAAAAAAGGAAUGAAAUUGAUGAAUGAAAGCGAGCAGGAAUUAUUACAGGACAAGUCAAUGGUCCUCUUCCGCUUUUUACAAGAAAAAGAUGUUUUUGAAAGGUAUUACAAAUCGCAUUUGGCGAAGCGCUUACUUCUGCAAAAAAGUAUGUCAGAUGACGCAGAAAAAGCUAUGGUUUCAAAGUUAAAGACCGAGUGUGGUUGUCAGUUUACUUCAAAAUUGGAAGGAAUGUUCAAAGAUAUUGAAUUAUCUAAUAUAUUGAUGGCAGAUUUUCGCGAUUACAAAGAGCGGAUAGAAAAUCAGGCGAACGAUUCAGUAGAUAUAACAGUACGUGUGUUAACAAGUGGUUAUUGGCCGACUCAAGCUGCUCCUGACUGUCUGCUUCCAUCAGUCGCAGCCCAAGCAUUUGAAAGCUUUAGGGCAUUUUAUCUCAGUAAACAUAAUGGUCGCAAAAUAACGCUUAAUCCUAUGCUUGGUCAUGCUGAUGUAAAGGCUGUUUUCUAUGGUACAAGUGCAAAUAUAGAAGAAUUAAGCCAGCAGGAAUCAGAUCUCGCUGGACCCUCAGUUGCUUCUCGAAGUAAAGAGGAACAUAAGAUUUUGACCGUGAGCACUUAUCAAAUGUGUAUUUUACUGAGGUUUAACAAUAAAGCUAAAAUAACUUUCGAGGAGUUAGCAGCAGAAACUCAAAUUCCUGAUAAAGAAUUAAAACGAUCAUUGCUUUCAUUAGCCAUGGGGAAGCCAACUCAAAGAAUUCUUUGCCGAAAAGGACAUGGGAGAGAAAUUGGUUCAAAUUUUAUUAAUUUUUUUUUACUUAUUGCAAUUUUAGAAAAUACUGAUGAAUUCUGGGUAAACGAUGCAUUUACCUCAAAGCUAACAAGAAUCAAGAUUCAAAUGGUGUCAGGCCGAGCUGAAGCGGAACCAGAAAGGAAAGAAACUCGCUCGAAAAUUGAUGAAGAUAGAAAACAUGAAGUUGAGGCUGCCAUUGUACGAGUAAUGAAAGCAAGAAAAAAGUUAUUACAUAAUGUUUUGGUCGCAGAGGUGACACAACAGUUAAAACACCGAUUUAUGCCAAAUCCUCAACUGAUUAAAAAGCGAAUUGAAUCAUUGAUUGAGCGAGACUAUUUAGCUCGCGAUAACAAUGACCAUCGUUGCUAUGAGUAUGUUGCUUGA